GCUGCGUGACUUCUAGAGUGUGUGACGCUGUAGCACCUCCUCUUACCCCUCCCUUUGUCCAGUUGACAGGAUCCCUCUCAGGCAGGAUUGGAAACCAUUGACAGAGAUAAUGGCCGUUCCUCCUACCUAUGUUGACCUUGGCAAGUCCGCCAAGGAUGUCUUCACCAAGGGAUACGGUUUUGGUCUCAUCAAGCUGGACUUGAAAACCAAGUCAGAGAAUGGACUGGAGUUCACCAGCACAGGCUCUGCCAACACGGAGACCAGCAAAGUGGCUGGCACCCUGGAGACCAAGUACAAGUGGGCGGAGCAUGGGCUGACCUUCACUGAGAAGUGGAACACUGACAACACUCUGGGCACAGAGAUCACUCUGGAGGACCAGUUGGCCAAAGGGCUUAAAUUGACGUUUGAUUCCUCCUUCUCGCCAAACACUGGCAAGAAGAGUGGUAAGAUCAAGACCGGCUAUAAGAGGGAGCACAUCAACCUGGGCUGUGAUGUGGACUAUGACAUCAACGGGACGGCAGUGCACGGCGUGGCYGUGGUGGGCUACGAGGGCUGGCUGGCCGGCUACCAGGUGACCUURGAGGCCGGGAAGAACAGGGUCACCCAGAGCAACUUUGCCGUGGGCUACAAGACCGACGAGUUCCAGCUCCACACGAAUGUAAAUGAUGGCACAGAGUUUGGCGGGUCCAUCUACCAGAAGGUGAACGARCAGCUGGAGACAGCAGUCAACCUGGCCUGGACCGCUGGCAACAGCAACACUCGCUUUGGCAUCGCAGCCAAGUACCAGAUCGAUGCCGACGCAGCCUUCUCGGCCAAAGUGAACAAUUCUAGUCUUGUUGGCCUGGGAUACACUCAGACUCUGAAGCCUGGAAUUAAGCUGACCCUCUCUGCUCUCCUGGAUGGGAAAAACAUUAACGCUGGUGGGCACAAGCUCGGUCUUGGACUCGAGUUUGAGGCAUAAGAAGGCAUGGAACGCAACAACAAAUAUUUUAUUGAAAUAGCUAUCCUCACAACCUUGUUUCCCCUACAGUAGAUGUGCUAUGGUUGAGGUGAGGCGGCACACAAGGUCAAAUCACGCUACAGUUGAUAUGCUACUUUUACAGGACCACUUCAGAUGAUAAAUUAUUUUGGAAUACAGGGCCCAGUUUAGAAUAAAAGUAUAACAAGUUUAAGGUAGAGUCUGCAAAAUGUUAAAAUGGGAAAGCUCUGUUGUGCAUUUGUAUUUCACUACAAUCAUGUAAACACUUUAAUUUAUUUUUUUUGUCUCACUUGUCUUUGUCUGUGCAGUUGGUGUGAAUUGUCUUUUGUUACAUAGAGCAAAAAUACUAUUUGACCAAUGUUAUUCAAUACUUAACCCACCUGUGAUGUUUAAGACAAACCUCUGUCAAUUGUUCCUAAAAAGAACKGGGAAGGUAACAUGUCCUGCACACUAUUCAACAUCCCUCUUAAUACAAAUGCUUUGGUGAAAAAGAUGAAUGCAUUUUACAAGGAAUGGUAGUCUUCCGAUGAUUGUGUUGGAACAGACAAACUGUACCUGACAGUGUUAAAUAAAUACCAACAACAUCUUGA